CACACCGCGUGCGACGGUCUCUGCAGCGUAACGAGGAGCGCUCGUUGCGAGGCUCAUGCCGUACAUAUACACCAACGGGAGAGAUAUAGCUCGUGCGGGAGCUAGCCAACGUUAUUUCCGAGUCAGUCUACGGCCGUUGCUGGUUGCGGUACGCCGACGUUCUGCAACGUUCUGCCGCCACUGCGGUUCCUCCUUCACCCAGCAGUGUGAUCGUGCAAAUUGACGAACCGCGGGUUCGACAACUUAAAAUCAUUUCUUUCCGCCCGCAUCGUUUUCCCGUCGAUGCCGAACGACUCGUUGUACCGCGAAAGAAAGUAUCGCGUGAUGACAGCUGCCAGCUGAAGAUAAACCGAUCUCGAGAAUUCCGGUGUGGGAAAAUCGUCAUGGACCUUACUCCAGAAAACAACGUAAAUGGAACCGGUAACGGCGUCCACGAGAGUGCGAAAGAUGCCUUCAACAAUAGCAACGGCACUACAUGUAUGUCGUAUCUCUCCAAAAUGGCUGCGGUGGAUAUUGAAUUCAAUGAUGUGACAUUCUCAGUGCCGAGCUCUCGGAAAGAAUCGAAGAUGCUUCUGAGAGGACUCAGCGGACAAUUCAAGUCGGGCGAGCUGACGGCGAUUCUGGGUCCAUCCGGUGCUGGAAAAUCGACGCUACUCAACGUUCUCGCGGGAUACAAAUGCACGGACAUAGGUGGCUCGAUAAAUAUAAAUGGACAACUGCGGGAUAUGCAUGAAUUCAAGAAGAUGUCGUGUUACAUCAUGCAAAACGAUCUCAUACAACCAAAUCUCACAGUUUAUGAGGCUAUGUCCUUCGCCGCCGACUUAAAGCUCGGCAAAAGGAAAUCGAAAUCUCAGAAAUGCGCCGCUAUAGAGGAAAUCUUAAGUACUCUCAGAUUAACCGGAACGCGAAAUACAAUCACAGACAGGCUCUCCGGUGGUGAAAGAAAGAGGCUGUCAAUCGCACUCGAGCUCGUAAAUAAUCCGCCUGUCAUUUUCCUCGACGAACCGACCACUGGACUGGACGAGAUCGCUUCUGCCCAGUGCGUUGAUGUUCUCCAGAGGCUAGCGCGUUUCGGGCGGACUGUCGUGUGUUCGGUGCACACGCCCAGCGCGAGCACGUUUCAGAAAUUCGACCACGUUUACGUCAUGACCGACGGACAAUGCGUUUACAGGGACACCGCGAGCAACCUAGUGCCUUUCUUGCGAAAUGUAGGCCUAGAAUGCCCGACACAUUACAAUCCAGCGGACUUUAUAAUAGAGAUCGCGUCGGGUGAAUAUGGUUUCAAUUGGAUCGACCGGAUGAUUACAUGUGUCAAGACGAAGCAACCGCUACUUCCGAUUCCUCGAUCGAAGAGCGAGUUUGACCUCGACCAAAAGAUCCCGAAAAUCUCGUGGAUCUAUCAAUUCGGCACGCUAGUGAGGAGAAUGAUGCUACAGCUUUAUCGAAACAGAAAUUAUAUAUACCUGAAGAUAUCGCUCCACAUCUUUUUGGGACUAGUGAUCGGCGGAUUAUUUUUUAAUAUGGGCAACGACGGCUCCAAGGCCCUCUUCAAUUACGGCUUUUGCUUUGCGUGCAUCAUAGUUUUUCUGUACUUACCUAUGCUACCGGUGCUGCUGCAGUUUCCUUCAGAAAUCCAGAUGAUGAAACGGGAACACUUCAACAGAUGGUACAAUUUUAGCGCAUAUUAUUGGGCUUUAACAGUAGUCAGUAUACCUUCACAGAUAUUUUUCGCAGUUUUAUAUCUCUCAAUGGUUUAUCUUAUCACGGGGCAACCCCUGGAGUUGCAGAGAAGUUCCAUGUUUUUCGGCACUUGCUUCGUGUGUGCCUUCAUCGCGGAGAGCAUAGGACACAACAUUGCCAGUGUGUUUAAUGUCAAGAAUAGUGUAUUCACUGGACCCGCAUUAAGUUGUCCCUUGAUGCUAAUCGCGGUGCAAGAUUUUGGUGAGUCAAUCGUUCCUCGACCGAUCUACCGAACGAUUCUAAUGUAUAUGAGUUAUAUCCGGUACGCAUUGGAGGCUCUCACAGCGGCCGUAUACGGUUUCAAUAGACAGAGACUACCUUGUCCAGUGGAAGAAGUUUAUUGUCAUUUCAGCUCGCCUACAGAACUCAUGCGAAUCAUAGGUAUGAAAACAGUUCCGAAUUUCUGGUUGGAUUUAUCCGCCCUUUUCGUCAUCUUAUUUAUUUCUAAGGGAAUCUUAUAUUAUUUGCUGAGGCAAAGGGUGCAACCAAACAAAACUUUCCAGAUGCUCCACUUAAUAGGAAAAUUAAUCAAAAGUCAUUUCAACAUGUGAUGCUUAGUUACACAUAUGUUUCAUUUUCGCUCGUAUCAUGAUGUGUCGACAUUACGCGUGCUCUCUAAGUAAAUAAAACGCAUUCUAGAAAUGUGCUCUUGAAAUGUAUUUGCGACGAAGCGAAGGUACAAAAUUGUCAAUACAACGAUAUGUCGAACGUGAUAUUAAUUAUAACUAAAAUGAAAAAUUAUAGCUAAAAUUAUAAAAGGCAGAAAAUAAUAUAAUAGUAUAAUUUGUAA